ACAAAACGUCUUUGCGCGCGAUUGGUCUAUGUGGCUUCUCCUCGAUACUUUUGAGAUCUCUUCGAUUCUUGAAAGGUUACUCCGCACUUCAUGCAUUCAACACACCUUUUGCCCCAAAAAGCACACGUAUCGGUCUUGAUUCGGAUCAAAUCUGCUUCCUUCGCCGUCACCGACGACAUGCCCGCUGGCAAGCUCAUGUACCCGCCCGAGCAGGAGAUUAAGGAGGCGGAGGAGGAGGAGGGAUGGGUGUGGACUCAAAUAAAGACCGAGGCUCGUCGCGAUGCGGAGGCGGAGCCAGCGCUUGCGAGCUACCUGUACUCGACGAUACUGUCUCACUCUUCGCUGGAGCGCUCGCUAUCGUUCCACCUUGGGAACAAGCUGUGCUCUUCCACUCUCCUCUCCACUCUCCUCUACGAUCUCUUCCUCAACGCCUUAUCCUCUGAUCACAACAUCCGCUCCGCCACUGUCGCCGAUCUCCGCGCCGCCCGCGUCCGUGACCCCGCUUGCGUUUCCUUCUCCCACUGCCUCCUCAACUACAAGGGCUUCCUGGCCUGUCAGGCUCAUCGAGUGGCUCACAAGCUGUGGACGCAGUCGCGGCGGCCACUUGCUCUGGCGCUCCACUCCCGAGUCUCCGACGUAUUCGCGGUGGACAUUCACCCGGCAGCGAGGAUUGGGAAAGGGGUUCUGUUUGAUCACGCAACAGGCGUGGUGGUGGGCGAGACAGCUGUGAUUGGGAACAACGUGUCAAUCCUGCAUCAUGUCACGCUAGGUGGGACUGGAAAGGUUGGGGGUGACAGGCACCCCAAGAUUGGAGAUGGUGUGCUGAUUGGAGCGGGCGCAACCAUUUUGGGGAAUGUAAGGAUUGGGGAGGGGGCAAAGAUCGGGGCAGGCUCGGUGGUUCUGAUUGACGUUCCGCCUCGGACCACAGCAGUAGGGAACCCGGCAAGACUGGUAGGAGGGAAGGAGCGGCCGGCCAAGCAUGAGGAUGUGCCUGGGGAGUCCAUGGAUCAUACUUCCUUCAUCUCAGAAUGGUCAGAUUAUAUAAUCUGAGAGUUAGUCUUGAUUUGUAUUACAUAGAUAGCUGUUAUGUAGUUGAAUUCUCCUACUUUUAAAUGGUUUUGAGUGGAAGAGGCCUUUGGGAUUGAGGCUGGCUUUGUAAUGUUAAAUCCUAAUGACCUUUUAUGGUAACAAAUUGUUAAAUGAAGAGAGAAUGCUUUCCUGAA